AAUCAUUAAAUUCAAUAAUAUUUUAGUGAUGAUUAUGUGUUAUGAUUAGAUUUUUAUAUGCGUCAUCUUUUAAAAAUUUUAUGGAUUAUCAGAAUCUCUGAAAUAAUGAUUCAAUUUGUUGGGACGUGAGAAAGAAGUUGUAUAUUUUUAGGAUGUAAAACAAUAUGGCUGAUGAACUUUCUGAAGGUAGUGGAUUAGUCAUAGAUCUAGAAUCUGCUGAUACUCACGAUGCAGAAGAGAAAAUAUUACCAGUACCAUACAACCAUCAGUUAACCACAAGUUUGGGUGAUGCUAUUGCUUCUGAGUUAUCAGAUCAGGUCAGCAAUCCAGAUAGCUCCCCAAGUGUGAACAUUUUACAGUCUGCAUCAAUUUCAGAUUCUUCAGGAUCAAUUCAUCUGCUGACUGAAGCCAUUCCAUCGACAGUAUGUGAAAGGCCAACAUUUAGUUUUGACCGAGCUGGGAGCUCUUUUGUUGUAAAAAGAACUCGGGGGCGGCCUAGGAAAGAUUGUCAACGGUCCCCAAAACAUCAUCUGACUCAGUCUGUGGCAUCUAAAGUGAUGAGAGGACGUGGGAGACCUAGGAGAGAUGACAUUUUACGUCGUAAAAUCUUUCCCGGACGUCCUAGGUUUCGAGGACGAAAAUUUCACCAUCUUUUUACUCCUCAAACUUCUCACAAGCUUCAAGAUGUAUCAAGUGACCUAGACAUCUAUGAUGAAAUCGAUGCUGAACUAAAAUCUGCUUGUGAAAUGCCUGAAAAAUUGCUGAUGUCGAUUGAUGUACCAAGCAAUGAGCUAAAGUUUGAAAAAUUUUGCUCGCUUUGUAAUUUAUCUGAAAACAGUUUAUUAGGCCAGGGAAGACUGCAAAACUUUCAACCCACUGUAGAUUUUAAUUGUUUUGAAGCCAUGCAGCAAAAACUAAUUCAGAAUGAAAAAAGUGCUGAUUCUGCUCCAGAAUCGAGUGGUGAAUUGAAAAUAUUUUUUCGAAAACAAAGGUGAAUUAAGGAACAAUUAAAAAUUCAAAGGUCAAAAUCACUUCAAAAUUUUCAAGAGAAGCCAAAUAUGCUUACUGAUAUUAUUCAAGAAUUAGAAUUAACUGGUUUCAAAACAAUUCCAGAAAGCAAAGAUAUGUUUGAAGCAUCAGGGGAAUUGUAUGCUCAUUUCAAUUGUGCUGCAUGGUCUGACGGUGUUACAAAAACAUUUGAGAAAAAGCUUUUUAAUGUUGACAAAGCUGUUGUGUCUGCAGCAUUUCAAAAAUGCAGUAAAUGUGAGAGAUAUGGUGCUUCUGUUCGAUGUUGUGUCUCAGAUUGUACCAAAAUUUAUCAUUAUCCAUGUGCUAUUGUUUCUGGUGCAUUACAGAAUGCUAAUUGUUUUAAAAUCAUUUGUUCUAUUCAUUUAGAAGACGCUUUUUCAUUUGGUGUUAUAUGUAUGGCUUGUCAUGAGAGUGGUGAUUUAUCUCAAUUAUUAUUGUGUACAACAUGUGGAAAUUAUUAUCAUGGAAAUUGUAUGGAUCCUCCAAUCUGUCCUUCAGCUGAUGUUAGAGCAGGCUGGCAAUGCUUCGAAUGUAAAGUCUGCCAAAACUGCAGGCAACCUGGUGAUAACAGCAAAAUGUUACUAUGCAAUACAUGCGACAAAGGCUAUCAUGUUUUUUGUGUGAAACCUGCGGUUGCAUCUGUUCCAAAGAGUGGAUGGAAGUGCCCUGCUUGUCGUAUGUGUGGAGACUGCGGCGCAAGAACACCUGGUAAUGGCCCUAGCUCUCGAUGGCAUUCAAAUUAUUCUCUUUGUGAUAGUUGCUAUCAGCAAAGAAAUAAAGGUGUUGCAUGUCCUCUAUGUGGUAAAGCAUACCGUCAAUUUAGUCAGAGGAAAAUAAUGAAACAUUGUAUAGUGUGUCAAAAGUACAUCCAUGAAGAAUGUGAUAAACGGCCUUAUUCUGAAUUACUUGAUUAUGUGUGUCCUAUUUGUGUAAACUCCGAGGGCAAGUUGGAUGAAACAUUUGAACACCAGAUAAGAUAUCCUUACCUCAGCAACUCGCGUGACUCUUUUUUCUCUGGUAAUGAAGAAUCUGCAGGCUCCAGUGGAGAUUCUGAUUAUUGUAUUGAAUCUACUCCUGGUAAAAUUGCUCAUAGGAGAACAAGUUCAAAUGAAUUGAGACAAAAGAAAAAAUCAAAACCCAAGUUUAAAAAUUAUCAAGCAAAUGAAUUAAUUUUUUCUUUCAAGCAAUGUGUUACACACAAGGAAUAUAAAAUUGAUGAUGAUGAUCCUACUGAAGACAACAAACUGAUUAUAACAUCUGCAACUGAUGAAUUCGUAAUGUGCCAGGAUUUAUGUGUUAUGUGUGGAAGUUUUGGAAAAGGAGAAGAAGGUCGAUUGAUUGCUUGUGCACAAUGUGGACAAUGUUACCAUUCAUAUUGUGCAAGCAUUAAGGUAACAACAGUUGUACUGAAGAAAGGAUGGCGUUGUCUCGAUUGUACUGUGUGUGAAGGAUGUGGUCAACCUCAUGAUGAAGGCAGAUUAUUAUUGUGUGAUGAGUGUGAUAUAAGUUUUCAUAUUUAUUGUUUGGAUCCACCUCUUCAGGAAGUGCCGCAGGGUAAUUGGAAGUGCAGAUGGUGUGUUAUGUGCACACGAUGUGGUUCCAAAUCACCUGGUCUUAACUGCGAUUGGCAAUUAAACUAUACACUUUGUGGUCCGUGUGCCAGCUUCACAAUUUGCUGCAUGUGUCAGCAACAUUAUGAUGAAAAUGAUUUAAUUAUUCAGUGUAGCAGAUGUGAAAGGUGGUUACAUGGAAUUUGUGAUCAGAUUGAGUCGGAGAAUCAUGCUGAAAAAUGUGCUGAGUAUGGUUAUUUAUGUGCACUUUGCAGACCCCCAGAUGAGUUACCUCCACAUCUACUGCCACCUCCAAGGACUCCCACACCUGAAGUAGAACCAAUUCCUGAAAAACAUUCUUCUCCAGUAGCCAAAGUCAAAGAACCUGAGCCUCCACCAGUGAAAUCUAAACAUCCGGUACAGUUUUACUUAGACGGUGUUUAUUUGUCUGAGAGUGGAAUGAGUUACAUCAAAUCUCUAGUUCCAGAACAACCAAAAAAGAUUCCAAGGCCGAGAAAAUUGAAGGGCCUUUUGGGUUUAGGAAGUUCCCUAGAAGGGAAAUCCCUUUCAACGCAGCUAGGAGACAAAAAUGAAGAAGCAAUGUCCGUUGCAGAGCCCAUUAGCAUGGAGGAAAGUCUUAAAGCUUAUGAUUUUGAAGAAGGGAAACUAGUUAUUGAUGGUUCCGGUGAUAUGGCCACAGAUGCUACAGGUGAAAAGAAGAAAAGGCCAAGGAAACUUCAAAAACUAGGCAUUGGUGGGUUUUGCAUUAAGCCUCAACGUCGAUCAACUUCCAUGAAAGAUUCUAGUAUGGAACAAGGUGUGAUCAGUGUUAGGGCCUCAUCUGUUCCCUUGCCUGUUCCAACUGCUGAAAGUUUGGAGAUUGGUGGUAUUGAUAAGCCUAAAAGAAAGAGAAAACCAAAGAAGAAAACUCAUCUAGAUGAAAGCUUUCCUGGCUAUUUGAGGGAUGCUUUUUUUGGAAAAGAACUUUUAAUGUCAUGCAAAAAACUAGGAAGAUCGACAGAAAUUCAUGAUUCCCAUGAAGCACCCGGUGAAAAUAAUGUAUCAGCUAAUAAAAAUCCUCUAGAAGAUAAAGCAAAGGUCAUGCAGUCCAUUCAAGAUUCUAAUGCUAAUCUCUCAGCUGAUGUAAAGCCUCAUGAUAUGAAAGAAUUUCUGGCAACAGGUGGAGUUAACACUAAAGAUACAACUCCUGCAAAUAUUACUUACAAAAGCAUUAUUAAAUCUGAAAUUAAAAGUAUUAAAGAAGAACAUUUAUCUGCUUCUAAUUUUAAUGUGCAUGAUAUUUCUGGUUUACCUCAAAUGGAUAGUAAAGAUGUUGACGAUGUUUUCCAAGGAGUUUUACGAGAUCAAAGAAUGCCAAAUCCCGUGCAAUUUCGUCCAACUUUUUCCCCAGCUUCAAAAAAUCCAAGCUUGGCUGCACAGCAAACUGCCAGUCAAGGAAUAAAUCAACCACUUAUUCAUCCUAGUGUUGUGCAAAAUUUGCAUCAUCCUGAUUCAAAUAGUUCUUGGCCAGACACAGAAUGUGACCAGUCACAGAUGCAGAAAAAUAUUUUAAAGUGGGAAUCAGAUGAGCAUUUAGGCUUACUUUCUACUAUUUCUCCUGUGCUGUAUGCAAACAUAAAUUUACCACAUUUAAAAAUUGAAUUCCCAGCGUGGACAGAUAGAGUGAAGCAAAUUGCUAAAAUAUGGAGAAGUUUACCACCUGAAAAACGGCAGCCCUACUUGCAAAGAGCAAGAGAAAAUAGGGCAGCAUCAAGGACUCAAAGAUCUAGUAGUACUGAAUCUGAUCGGGGUCAAAAGGAGACAAAAACUCCAGACGCAGAUCCAGAGAAGCAAUGGAAGCAGUUCCAAGCAUUUAGACAGUUGCAACAACAGGCCCAACAAAGAAUAAUUCAAGAGCAAAGAGCUCAAGCUGCCUUGAAGUCACAAGCUGAGAAACAGGAAACGCUCACAGCAAUUUCAGAAGUUGAUAAAAAUGUAAAGCUCAUGCAUUCAAAAUCGUUAUCAGAGCUUCCUCAGUAUCCUAGUGCAAUAUUAUCCGAAGAAGGUAUUUUAAAUUCUAAUAAAGAUACAAGGAGCAAAAUAUUUGAAAAGAGGUGGUCCUCUUCUGCUUUGGAUGUAAAUGCAUCAGAAAAUUUAUUACUGGUAAGUGAAACUAAAAUAAAAAUGGAACCUCCAUCUUCAUCUCAGCAACAAUUUGUACAAGAAAGAGUCGCAAGCUCAUUAAUUAAUGCUGCAAGAUCCCGCCCACCUCAGGAACCUCAUUUAUCGAUCCCUGAUGCAGUUGUUAUUCCAGUGAUGCAAACAACUAAAACUGUUGAUAAUUUUCAAUCACAAGUUUCUGUAACAUCUACUUCACAUGUAACAAAUCAAUUGCAGAAGCAACCAUUUUCUCCACAGUCCAAUAUCAGAUCCUCUUUGGUUCUCAGUCGAAAUGAAAGUACUCCAAAUGCUGUUAAAAUACCUACUCCCAGUACUCAGAAAGAGGCACUGCCUACGCCUCCUUCGACUCCUCGGCCUCACAGUUCGGACUCGUUUUUCCAGAUGACUGCAUCACCUCAGUCUCAACUAAUAGCUUCUUUGGACACUCAUUCUCAACCCCCUCCUACUCGUAACAAACUAGUUGGAAUGAUUAUCGAUACACCACAGACUAGUUCGGGGAACGUUAUUGAACCUCAAUCUUCAAGCUUUUCUGCAGCAAAGAUUUCCAUUCCUGUGUCUGCUGCAGCUGUUAUUCGUACAACUCCGUCAGAUGCUGCAAAAUCUCAGUUACAACAGCCUAUGCUGUCUCAAGUUGAGCAAUUUGUGCUUCAUCAAAAUCCAAAUUUUCCUGCAUCUAAUAUGGUAAAGCAACUCACGCAAUGUAAAGAAUCCUAUGCUUCUCCAUCAAAUCCAUCAAACCAAGCAAACACUGAAUCAAUAUUAUCUUCUGAAAAAACAUUUGAACAACAAAAUUUAGAACAGUUACUCCAAAGAAGACUUGGAUUACCAUAUUCAGAAAAAGUGCAAUCAAACCAACAACUAAGAGAUCUUUUGCAAAGUAGAAAACCCAGUGAUUCCCUUCUACCAAGUAGCAAUGAAAACAAACUGACCACAUGUGAACAACCUUCACAAGAAAUUUCUAGCACAUCUGGAAACCUAAAACUGUCUGAAGUAAUUUGUGAUGCAUCAGCAGUUAUUGAAAGCAGUGUGCCUAAUGUUAACCAAAAUGUUCCCACUACAUCAACAUCUCAAGCACCUAAUGACAAAAGAGAAACUCUCGACUCUCAAAAUUCUCAAGAAAGUUUGGAAAAGAGCUUUAGUUUGCCUGAAAGCACCAGAAAGACUGACAGUAGUAUUGAAAAUGUUUCUCUACCAGUGGAAACAAAUGAACAGACUCCAAAAGAAAAUAUAACUCCUGACAGUAAUAAAAGGAAAACAACGGCAAGCGAUUUGAUUGAUGAUCUGGAAACACAACAGGAAGACCAUGAUGCUAUUGCUGCAAGUUGUAACCUCGAUGUAUUGACUGCCGAUGUUGGAGAACUUGAACUUGAUGAUGAUGAAUUAUUAGUUCUGGGUAAUGACUUCAACAUCCUGGAAUAUGCUGAUCCAGAAUUAGAUAAAAGUCUUGUUGGUGAAGGAGAGAAAAGUAAUAUUCUGGAUGAGCAUUUAGAUUUAGAUGAUAAAAAUGAAGAUUUAGAAGAUGAAGUUAUUAAGGAACAAGAAGCUACUCAAGAGAAAGAUCUCAUGCCAGAGGAAUUACCUGAAGACAAAAAAGAUUUGAAUAUCAGAAGUGAAAAGUGUGAUAAUUCUGUUCAACCAAAAACAUCACACUUACAUGAAGGCUUUUUAAAUUAUGAGAAGAAAGACAUAUCUACAAAUGUAAGCUAUGAAAAUUCAUUUAAACCUAAAGGACUUGAUUCUUGCAUCAGUACUCCCACUGUGGAACAAAUAGCAAGCAAUAUCAAAGAAGAGCCCAAGCAAUCCUUUUCUUCUAGUUGCAGUUUAUCUUCUCAAACGUAUCCUUCUGCUAUUGAUAUAAAAUUAGAGAAAUCCAUUUCGGAAACUUGUGAACAAAAACCACAUCUUCCGUUUAGUACAGAAUCUUCAAAUUUAGCAGCACCUAGAACAAUACCAGAAAAACAAUUUCAAGCAACAAUUCCAGCACCCGAUCAAAUUGUUCCUCCACCAUCCUAUCGUAUGGUAACUGCUUUGAAACAAACUUUGGUUGCUGCUAAUCCUCAAUCCCAAUCGCUCGCUCAAGCUAAAAGUUUAUUUCCUCUACAUAUGAAUAUCCGUCAAGACUUACCAUUGCAGCAGCAAAGUGCAAUGUCAUCAUCUGUUCCAUCCAAUAAACCACUUCUGUUGCAAGAACAGCCACUUUUACUGGAAGAUUUAGUGGAACAAGAAAAGCGAGAACAGCGUAGACAAACUCAAGAAGGGUUAAUAUCUCCUCAUGGCGAUGCUCUUUUGAGUGAUAUUGAUUUUGAAAGACUGAAAGAUGAUGUAUUUUCUGGUCCACCUGAUGAUAGCAUUGGUGGACCUGGCUCAUUACUUGGAACUCAUGAGCCACUACAAGGUGCUGUCUCACCAUCUGUUGGUGUACCUUCUUCUCCUGUUUCACACAAUUUUGGACCUCCACCUUAUUCAUUAUUGUGGCAAAAUCAAGAUCCUAAUGUGUCACUAACAUCUCCUCGACAGUUGCAAAUUAUGCAAAGUCUAAAGACGAAACCGCCUGCUCCAGCUGUACUAAAUACUUUGAGUGGGAUUCCAGGAUCAGCAGUUGUGCAGAAAGCUCAAGCAUUAUCAGGUAAUUUCCUUGCUAGAGCUUUCAGUCAAAGCUUUGUGGCUACUCCUUCAAGCCCUCCUGUUGAUCCUCACAUGGACCCUGAAAAAUUGAAAAUGAUCACUUAUGAAAAAAAUCUUUUGCAGCAGCAAACUAUAUUAACCACGCAGCAAAAGGGUUUAGAAACUGAAGUAAUAAAGUUGAGAAAAGUCAAGAAAGCUCUAAAUGCAAAGAAGCGACAGUUACAAAAGAAUGGUGCUGAUCUUGCUGGUAAUGAUGCUCUUGAAUUAGCCAGAGUUUCUCAGGAACAGGCUGGUUUACAAAAGCAACUAGAUCUGGCUCGUAAGCAGAUAAGGCAAAAUACUGUUGCAAUUCAGGAUUACCGCCUGAAACAACAAAAAAGACAGCAGCAGCAACAACAGCAGCAGCAGCCGUCACCACAACAAGUACCCAGGAGUCCUCUUCAUCCAUCUAUUAGUUCAGUGCAAUCAUCCCCUCAAAAUUCUCAGUCUCCACUUCAGUUUAGCCACACUGCACCACAAUCGCCAAUGAUGCCUGCAUCACCUGCUGGCACGCCGAAUCCUGUAAGGAUUCAACAUUCACCCUCUCCCCUUAUGCAAUCCCCUGUUUCUCUAUCAUCAUCCAUCCAUCAAACUAAUGUGCAUUCACCUCUGUUUUCACAGCAGAUACCUCUGCACUUUCAAGUAGCCAAAAUGGAAGGAAAGACCUGGCUAAAUCAAGUGAAAUUAUCUCAAGUUCAGGGAGAUAAUUUACCAGGUGAAAGAUUUCCAAAAAGAGAGCAAAUUGAGAAAGUUAUUAACCAGCCACCAUUUACUCUAGGAAAUGCUGCUGCUUCUACUCUUACAGAAAGUAAUCUCAAAGGUUUGUCAGAUGUGAAAAAGACAGAGGAAUCUGCUGUUAAAAGCUUCACUGACGAUAUGAACUCAUCUGUAGCAGAUUUACCUAAGGAUACCAAUCUUCAACCUAAAGCGGUUGGAACUGAUUUGAAUCAAACACAGAACUUAUUGCUAAAGGAACCAAAGCCUGACAUUGAGCCUACAAUUGCUGAGCCUCCUGUCCCUCAGUCUAUUCUAUCACAAAGUUUGCCAAGUUCUGUAUCCAAUACAUUAAAAUUCACUCUACGCCAAACUGGAAUGCCUACUGUGUGUUUACCUACUGCUGAUUCCAAUUCUGAUAAUCCAUCAGAGCUGCCCUACAGUUUAAAUACAAAUGAAGUUCAACCAAAAGUGUCUGAUAACAAGUUAAUGUUGUUACAAGAGACAAAAAUGGAUACUGCAGAUAUUCAGAGGAGCAGUGAUGUAGUUUCAUCAAAAGCAUUGAUAUCUGAUAUAAGUAAGAAAAUAAAAGUGGAACAGGUCUGCAGUGAUGAGACUACUGCUGAGAAUAGUUCUAAAGAAAGAAUUCCUACGCCUUUAAAUGAGAAAAAAAUACCUGAAGAUCAAAAGGAUUUGGAAAAUGAAUCUGAUGUAAGCUUAAUUGCAAAUGAAAUAUUAACACAUAUAAAGCAAGAAAUAGAAGAUGUUCCAGUUAGUAAAAGUCCACAGAUGCCCGAAGAGAAAACUACUACAUCAAAUUCAUCUCCUUCUUUAAAUCAGUCUAAAAAGAUUGACCCAAAUGAUGGUUCAUCUGAUGAAGAAUUAGAAAACUUAACGAAAACUACCACUGAUGAGCAUGGGGAACAGAAUGUCCUUUUGAAACAAUUGCUGCAGAACUGUCCAUCUGCUGAAACUCCCAGAAAAUCUGAUAGUAGUUUAUUAGAAAUACGGAAAGAGGAAGAGUCUGAAUUAGAUAAACUGGAUGUACAUUUUGACAUUGGGGACUUGCAAUCAAAACAGAAGCCAUGUGAUUUAAAAGCUAAAAAACCAUCUUACUUAGAUAUUAGACGUGCUCAGCUUGAAAAAGAACCAACUCCUCCACCUGGAGAGAAACCCAAACCUAUAAAGCGCAAAAGACCAAAGAAGAAAAGUACAGAACUACCUCCAGGCAAGCCUGAGGGAGUUGGAGUGGGAGGUGCAGGCGGUGGAGUAGUACCAAAGAAGAAAUGUCGUCGAACUUCUUCAAAAUUAGAAGAAGGAGGUUAUGAAACAGUAGUUGAGAAUUUGGUAACAAAACUAACGAACUUACCACCUCUUAGAAUCUCAGAACCAACCAUCAAGCCAAAUUUUUCUAUCAUACCAGUUUUUGGUUCCGGGGAUUUAAAUGUUAUAGAAAACCAAUUAAAGGGUCGUUUCGGAAGUUCUACUCUUCCUGGACAAAGUGAUGUCUACUCUUAUUAUCCUUAUACAAAAGAACAUGCACCUACUACUUCUAUUUUGCCUCCUUCUUCCCCUCCUUAUCGUGGGUUUUAUAAUCAAGAAUUUCCAGCAGUUACCAAAGCAAUUAAAAAGAAUGAGAUGGCACUAGCUUUGAAAGCUCAUGUUGAAUCCGAAAGUCAAAAAUCAUUUAGGGAUGCUGGCAGUCCAGAUACAGUUAUAUCUUCAUCUUCACCCGAAUCCUGUCUCUAUGAACCAUUAGGCAAGUGGCCUAAACUGAUAUUUGUAGAUAAGCUGUUGCCCGAGAGCAAAAGAAAUGGCUCACCUGUCAUACCACUCAUGUACCCUAUUCCAAUCAGAGCACAUACAAAAUCAUGGGUAGAGUCUUUUGCAGAACUUGAUGAAGACAAGGACAAAGAAAAUAUACCUGAUGAGAAAUCAGACAUAGGACUGUUGAAAACUAAACUAUCUGGCAUUGGUGGUUAUUCAGCACCUUUAAAAGAUUCAGGAAAUGUUGCUGUGACUUUAACUUUGUCAUCAGCUGCUGCUGAAGAUAUCUGUGGUGUACUUUCCGCUUUGGCAGAUCUUCUUAAAAUUCCUAUUCCUGCUUCCUAUGAAAUUGUAGAACGAACAGCUACACCACCUAGCCAAAAGUUAGGUCUAUAUAGACGUUCUAAAAAUUCUGACGUGAGUAUCCAUUCUUUGCUUAAUGGAAAACCGCGAUUCUGCCGCCAUUGUGACAUAGUGGUUUUAAGUGCUGGGAUUUGUAAGAAGGCUGCUGAUUUAGCUUGUAUCUCUAAAGAUGAACAGGAGGAAGAUGAAGUCUUUUUUUGUAGUACGAAUUGUUACAUGCAAUUUGCUUUAACUCAUCGGGCAUCUGCUGGACUGGCAGAAAAAGAAGCAGCAGCUGUAGUUGAUCACAUUGGUGAAAACACUUACGACAAAAAUCUCCAAAGCACAAGUACUGAGAAUUCACUUAGUUCUUUGUUAAUUGACGACAAAGAUAUCUUUAGAAAUUUAAACGAUGGUUUGAAAUCUGAAAUUAUAGAUGAUGUAAAACUUGAAAGUUUUGAUUUAGGAGAUCUAGAAAAUAAUGACAUAAAAACAGAUAUGAAAAUCAAAGAAGAUAUGGAUAAUUCUCCAAGCAAUUUGCCAUUCAAUGUGGAUUUGUCUUUAAGAAAAAUGGACGUUGAAGAAAUGCCUGCAAGAAAAUGGAGGAAUUUAAAGUACAGAUUUUGGACCGUUGAUUGUCAGAAUAUAUUAAAAUCUAAGAAAAAGGAUGAAACUGCUGAAAAAAAUGUGAGGCCAUUUUAUCACACUAUUAAGCCUAGUCAAAUGCCUAAAGAUGAGAGGAAAUGUAUAUUUUGCUAUGGCACAGGAGAUGGGGAUGCAAAUGGAGUAGCAAGGUUACUCAAUGUUGAUGUCAAUAAAUGGGCCCAUCUAAAUUGUUCACUGUGGUCUGCAGAAGUAUAUGAAACUGUCAAUGGAGCUUUGAUGAAUGUUGAGCAGGCCUUCAAACGUUCCCGGCCAGUGACUUGUUGCACAUGCCAUAAACAGGGUGCAUCUGUAAGAUGUUUCAAAACAAGGUGUCCGAAUAUCUAUCAUUUCCCGUGUGCAAGAAAAGAACAAUGCUCAUUUUACAAGGACAAAACUGUAUUAUGUCCUCAACAUGCUCAUAGAGGUAAUCCGGAAAAUAAACUGGAAUCUGUUGCUGUAUUUAGAAGAGUGUACAUAAAUAGAGAAGACCACAAACAAGUUGCCAGCAUGAUCCAAGAUGAUAAAUAUGUAAUGCGUAUUGGCAGUUUGAUAUUUCUUAAUAUUGGCCAGUUGCUGCCAUCACAAAUUCAGGCAUUUCAUACUUCUACAGCUAUUUAUCCUGUUGGUUUCAAAGUUAUAAGAAUGUAUUGGAGUAUGCGAAAAUUAGGUCGCAGAAGUCAGUACACUUGCACUAUUAAUGAAGUCAACGGGAAACCUGAAUUUUGCAUUCAAGUGAAGGAAGUAGAUCAAAAAGAAAUUAUUUUAAAAGAUAAGUCAGCAAAAGGAGCCUGGCAGAAGGUCCUUUAUCCUAUUGAGAAAAUGAGGAGACAAGCAAAAACUAUUAAGAUUUUUCCUGAUUUCAUAACUGGAGAUGAUUUAUUUGGAGUGACAGAACCAGCUGUUUUAAGAAUCAUCGAAUCAUUACCUGGAGUAGACACCCUGAAUGAUUAUAACUUCCGCUAUGGUCGAUCUCCAUUUCUUGAGCUACCCUUGGCAAUCAAUCCUACUGGCUGUGCUCGUUCAGAACCUAAGCUACGCACUCAUUUUAAGAGGCCUCAUACUCGUAUGUUUCAUACAAGUAAUAGUAGUAUACAAGUACGUUCAUAUCAUUCACCCUUUGCUGGAAUGGAAGUAUCAUCUCCAUACAUAAAGCAGUUUGUACAUUCGAAAUCAUCUCAAUACCGCAAAAUGAAAACAGAAUGGAGAAAUAACGUGUUUUUGGCUAGAAGUAGGAUACAAGGUCUUGGAUUAUAUGCUUCUAGAGAUCUUGAAAGGCAUACCAUGGUCAUUGAAUACAUUGGACAGCUUAUUCGCAAUGAGAUAGCUGAAAGGAAUGAAGCUCUAUAUGAAGCAAAGAAUCGAGGUGUGUACAUGUUUCGACUGGACGAAAAUCGGGUAAUUGAUGCUACCCUGUGUGGGGGUCUGGCAAGAUAUGUAAACCACUCUUGCAAUCCUAACUGUGUUGCUGAAAAUGUACAGAUUGACAGGGAGAAUAAAAUCUUGAUAAUCACUAACAGAAGAAUAUCGAGAGGAGAAGAGUUAUCAUAUGAUUAUAAAUUUGAUGUUGAAGAUGAUCAGCACAAAAUACCUUGUCUUUGUGGUGCACCAAAUUGUCGCAAAUGGAUGAAUUAAAGCUUCUGAAAAAUUAGAAACGCUGAGUAUCAACUUUAGAAAGCUGUGUAAAAUGAAAUCAACUAUUGUAAAUUAUUGUUUUAUAAUGCAUACCCAUUUGUAAAUAAGAUUUUUUACAUCAGAUUUAUAUUUAUCAUGAUGUUUAGGAGGGAUUCUAAACUUUCAUUUUAAUCAAACCUCAGUUUGUGAUUUUAUGUUAUAUUCUGCAAUUUUGUUGUUGUAAAAUCAUGAAUGCAAUUAUGCAUAGAAACUCUUUUAAGCUAAUUUUACAUUAAAAAUUAUCUAUUUUUAUAUGUAGCUUUUCCCCUGUUUUAUGCUUAAAUCAAUUUCAUAAAACCUCAUUAAAAGCUAGUCAAUUUACUGUUGUGAAUUGUUGAGAGACUUUUUAAAUUAUUUGAUUUUCAUAAUCAUUUGUAUAAUAGCAUU